GAAGGUUCCAAGUAGUCCAGGUAGCCGGUUAGAGGUAAGAUGUUACAGAAACACAUAAUACAGAAGUGAUUUGAGACUGGCAAUAGCUGUGGUAUGAUGAUGAUGGCAGCCUUCCAGAUUUGAAGUUUUUCAAGGGCUAAGAACAGAGUCAGAUGGGCAAGACUGCACAGAGGAAACAAUAUGACUGUGAGAACCCAUCAAAGCCUUGUUUAAGUACUUCAAUCCCCUUGAGAAUGUCUAGUUAUACAUUCAAAAGGCCAGUCACUAAAAUCACAUCACAUCUGGGCAAUGAGGUAAGAUACUAUCAGUGGGAGGAGACCUUGGAGAAGCCAGAACAAGCCUGCUGGCAGAAGAGACUUCAAGGACUCCAAGCCUACAGCAGUGCAGGAGAACUUUUGAGCACUUCAGACCUUGCCAAGGCCUUGGAAGAUCUUACACCAAAAGACACAGAUGCCUCUGCUUCAGACACUCAAGCCACCAGCAUUGACCCCAGACCCGUGCUCACCCGUGAGUCAUCUUCACAUUUGGCAAAGAUGACUCCAGAAGCAGGCCCACAGAUCCUUUGCAAAGAAUUUCUGGUCACCGAACAGGAUAUUAUCAACCAGGAAAGGAAAGUGAAAAUAGCAAGAGAAAGACUGGCAGUGGCAUUGAUUGCACACAAGCUAGCAAGUGAGAUGGAGAAUGUGAGGGGGGUCAAGGAAGACAAACGUAUAAACAUAAUGCUGGGGAGAAAAUACUGCAGAUGAAAUGGGGCAGGGCCUUGUUUUAACACCUCUUUGCCGUAUCUUUUGCUGUUGUUUUGAGACCUUGAAACUUUAAACUUAACAAUAGUUUAUUAAAUGUCUUUAUGCAAUGCAAAAAAA